AAUUUUAUCUACGAGGUGGCAGCGCUUGGGGUUCUCGUAACAAUAAAUUUAAUAUUUAGUAAAUAAAAUGUUGCGUCAGUUAUUGUGCUCCACAGCCGCACGCCGUGUAUUGCUCCCGUGGGCAGCUCCUAAGCGCUUUGCCAGCAGCAGCCAAAGUGGUGCGGACAAAACAGAAUAUGCAACGCCUCCGGAAGUGAUUGACUAUGAGGAUCCCAGUCAUUUGCCGCUGCCUCAGUAUCCUGUUCGACCUGAUGAGCCCCUACAGGCACGUAAACAGCGAUUGUUGUAUCAAUCUCGCAAACGGGGAAUGUUGGAAAACGAUCUAUUGCUAAGCACUUUUGUGGCCAAGUAUCUCAAGGAUUUCAAUGCGGAGCAGACGGCGCUCUACGAUGAGCUUAUCAAUGGUGUGAGCAACGAUUGGGAUAUUUUUUACUGGGCAACAGAGACAAAGCCCACGCCGCCCGAGUAUGACACGGAAAUCAUGAAGAUGUUAAAGCAACAUGUCAAAAAUGCGGAACGCGUACAACGUAUAAGACAGCCAGACUUAUAGAGGGGCAUUACAUAAAUUCUAGAUACUUACGAUAAACAUUAUGUGCUUAAUUUGCAUUUUAUAAACAUGUUUCUUUUUUGUCGCACUCGUAAUUGUUAAUAAAAAAUCAAAUUGUUAAA